ACAAUAUUAAUGAAUCUAUAUGUAUUUGUUCAUUUAAGAAACACAAAACUUAUUUAGAGAUUCUUCCUUUUUUUCUCUCCCAACAUUAUAAUCAUAUUCUUGUAUUUGAACUAAUCAUGUCAGAUUCUAAGGUAACACUUGAUUCAAAACUAACCGUUGUAUCAAGCAGGCCUGUAAAACGGGGUAUGAUCCAUAAGUUAUCGGGUGUGGACCAUGGUAUGGGUUAUCAUACUUUGCAUUUGAUAUUUUACUACAAGAAUGAAGAUAACUGGUUUGAGUCAUUUGAAUUGGAUCCCUUGAGGGAAUCUUUGUCGAAGGUUUUGUCGAUGUACCCGACAGUAACGGGUCGGUUGGCCCGAGUGGAGGAAGAUGGUGGUGAUUGGGAGAUUAGGUGUAAUGAUACCGGUGUUCGGGUCAUAAAGGCUAAUGUCGAUAGUACUAUCGAAAAAUGGCUAUCAUCUUCUGCAGGUGGCCCGGAUGAGGCCCAGCUUAUUGCUUGGGAUGAUAUGCCUCUUGAUACGAGUACAUGGUCUCCUUUCCAAAUUCAGAUAAAUAGCUUCAAAGAAGGUGGAAUUGCAAUUGGAGUUAGCUGCACUCACAUGAUAGCUGAUCUAACUUUCUUAUCAUCUUUCUUCAAAUCAUGGUCACAAAUUUACCGUCAUGUGACUCCCAUUUCUCACCCUCCUUUCUUAACUCCAAUUUCAAUCACUUCUUCACCAAACAACAAUGAAGAUAUGAGUCCAAAUUCUGAACCAAAACCACAAACAAACAUAACCUCGGCCACUUUCAAAUUCUCAAAUUCAAUCAUAAAACAAUUGACCUCGAAAUGUGCCGGUGCAACUGCUUUUGAUGUCCUCGCAGCUUUGUUUUGGACUCGUGUUACUCUUUUGAAGGGUUCCAAUUUGCAUAAACAAAAUCACUCUUUAUCAAUCUGCAGAGACUUCAGAAAGCUUAUCAAAACGAAUCUCCCGGUUGGUUAUUUUGGAAACGCUUUACAUUUUUCUAAAUUUUCACUAAAUUCAGAAGAAAUGAAGAAUGGAAAAAAAUUAGAAGACAUAGCAAGUUUAAUACACAUGCACAUGACAGAAGUUACUGAGGAAGAAAUCAUGUCUUCUAUAGAAUCGUUUGAGUCGCAAAAGGAAUCGACACCGAAAUGUGUGUAUGGUUCUUCUGAGUUAACAUGCAUGUACAUGGAAGAGACAGAGUCGUUGUUGUAUGAAUCAAUGUUUGGUGAUAAUGAAAAACCAGCUCAUGUUUCGUGUCGUGUUGGGAAUGUUGGUGGUGAAGGUUUGAUAAUGGUGAUGCCUUCUUCAGAAGGAGGGUUUGCAAGAAAUGUGAUAGUAAUGUUGAAGGAAGAACAAGUUGAUAAACUAUGCAAGGAUCAAGAGAUGUUGAUGCUUCAACCAACUAUUAUACUUUGUUGAAUAAAUUAAUUACAUUACUUGUGCUUAAAAUAUUGUCGGUUUGAUGUUAUAAGUGGAUUUCAUGUUAUUAUACAUAUAUUAAAAAAUAUAAUUAUUGUUGUAAGGAAAAAAAUUGUUUUGAUAUUAUAAGUCGAUUUAUGUAUGAAAAAUAUAUUUAUUGUUGUAAGAAAAAAAACUAAUUUGUUUUGAUAUUAUAAGUUUGUAUAUGUAUGAAAAAUAUACUUAUUGUUGUACCAAAAAAGUAAUUUAUUUUAAUAUUGUAAGUCAAUUUGAUGUUUAUA